CUGGGAACGAAGUGAUCUGGAUGGGGUACCAGUUGAAAUACACAGAUAAUUUCCUCCAUUUUCUUCUGUUGCUUCGAGAGGUUGAAAACAACUCGAAGAAUGGAGGUUGAGUGGGUGAAGAAGUUUUCGUUCUUGCUCAUACUUCUACAAUUGUACAGUCUGUCAGUCCACCGCACUGCCUCUGACAUUUGCUCAACUCACAUAGUCUUGCCAGGACCUAAAGGUGAGCAGGGUGAAAAGGGUGAUAUUGGUAAACCUGGAAAAACAGGAAAGCUGGGACCUCCUGGACCAAAAGGAUUGGCUGGUGAACCUGGUCAGAAAGGAGAAAUUGGACAAAGAGGUAAAAUUGGUCCACUUGGUGCAAAGGGUGAAAAAGGAAAUAGAGGGUAUCCAGGACCUCCAGGAAUGAAAGGCCAACCAGGCCGCUUCUGUGAUUGUGGCAGAUACCGGAAAAUUGUAGGACAAAUGGAUAUCAACAUAGCUCGUCUGAACAACACUAUGCGCUUUGUAAAGAAUGUUAUUGCAGGCAUCAAAGAGACGGAGGAGAAAUUCUACCUGAUUGUGAAAGAAGGGAAGAAUUACAAUGCUGCUCUUGUGCACUGCAAAGAUAGGGGAGGGUCGCUGGCAAUGCCAAAGGAUGAAGAAACAAACUCAUUGAUUGCUGCCUAUGUGAAUAAAACUGGCUUAUCUCGGGUGUUCAUUGGUGUGAAUGAUUUGGAAAAGGAAAGGCAGUUCAUGUACACUGACUCUACCCCACUGCAGAAUUACAGCCAUUGGAGACCAGGAGAACCCAACAAUGCUUUUGGUGGUGAAGACUGUGUAGAAAUGAAUGCUCCGGGGGCAGCCCGCAACUGUCGCCACGCUUCCGGCGCCAACAUAGCAUGCCCACAACUUCCUAACCCGUCCGUCUUUGAAAUGUGGGAGGAAACCGAAGCACGGGGAGGAAACCCACGCAGACACGGGGAGAACGUACAAGCUCCUUACAGACAGCGGCCAGAAUUGAACCCGGGUCACUGACACUGUAGUAGCG